GACGGUCGGUAUUAGCAUCUCCUAUCAUCUGUUCUGUAUUCUUCACUCUUGAGUGUGUUAUGCUAACAAAUUAAUCUUCUGCAUGUGAUAAUGUCUAUGUAGUAGUAACUGGGAUUCGAAUCAAGAACAGAGAAGAGAUGGGAUUGAAUUGGCGUAGAGGGGUUAUUAUUGUUUUUCUACUUCUUGCCUGGGUUUUAUUUAUUAUCACUGGGGAGUUAUUUUUCUUCAUGGAUGAAAAGACCACUACUUUUGUCAGAGAUGAUUCUUUGUCGGUAGAUAUGCCAAUAGACAGUGACGUAUUCCGUGUGCCUCCUGGUUACAACGCUCCCCAACAGGUGCAUAUAACACAGGGCGAUCACGUGGGGAAGGGUGUGAUCAUCUCUUGGAUUACCCCACAUGAACCCGGUUCAAGCACUGUCAAAUACUGGGCCGAGAACAGUGAAUUCGAAUUGAAAGCUCAUGGUUUUUACCUUGCUUACAAAUACUUCAAUUACACCUCUGGUUACAUUCAUCACUGCACUAUUCACAAUUUGGAGUUUGACACCAAAUAUUACUAUGAGGUUGGAAUAGGGAAUACCACUCGACAAUUCUGGUUCAAAACUCCUCCUCCUGUUGGCCCCAAUGUUCCCUAUACAUUUGGUCUAAUUGGGGAUCUGGGCCAAACUUACAAUUCCAACACAACGCUUACCCAUUAUGAAAAAAAUCCUGUGAAAGGGCAAACAAUAUUGUAUGUGGGGGAUCUCUCUUAUGCAGAUGAUUUUCCAUAUCAUGACAACACCAAGUGGGAUACCUGGGGAAGAUUUACUGAGAGAAUUGCAGCUUAUCAGCCUUGGAUUUGGACUGCAGGAAAUCAUGAAAUUGAUUUUGCUCCAGAACUUGGUGAAACCAGACCAUUCAAGCCUUACACUUGUCGUUAUCAUUUACCGUACACAGCAUCAAAUAGCACAUCUCCGUUGUGGUACUCUAUAAAGAGAGCUUCAACAUACAUCAUUGUUUUAUCUUCUUACUCAGCUUUUGGUAAAUACACGCCUCAAUACAAAUGGCUUGUAAAGGAACUGCCCAAGGUGAACAGGACAGAGACGCCAUGGCUGAUAGUCCUAAUGCAUAGUCCAAUGUAUAAUAGUUAUGUGAAUCACUAUAUGGAAGGGGAGACCGUUAGAGUAUUGUACGAGAAAUGGUUUGUGGAAUAUAAAGUCGAUGUUGUAUUUGCUGGUCACGUUCACGCUUAUGAACGAUCUAAACGGGUAUCAAAUAUUGCAUAUAGUAUUGUAAAUGGGUUGCACAACCCCAUCAAUGACCAAUCUGCUCCAGUUUACAUAACGAUUGGAGAUGGAGGAAAUAUAGAAGGACUGGCUACUGCUAUGACAGAGCCCCAGCCAAGCUAUUCAGCAUACCGUGAAGCCAGUUUUGGGCAUGGCAUUCUUGAUAUAAAGAACAGAACUCAUGCCUAUUUUAGUUGGAAUCGGAAUCAAGAUGGGUAUGCAGUGGUGGCUGAUUCCAUUUGGUUGUACAAUAGAUAUUGGACCCACCCAGAACAAACAUCUCUUGCAUUAUUUCGGUAGUAGUAACUUAUAAAAAGUGGUUUUUUGCUAAAGAAAUUGAGCUAUUAAUUUAUUUUUGGUUUGUUGCCCAGAAGACAAACCAAACAAGAGGCCAACACAACUAGAUGGAUAUACACUGAAUUGUAGUCGAAUAAUUCAAUAAUUUUCAUAAAGCAGUGUUCCAUGCUAACUAUGUGUCUGUAUUGAUUUUCAUCCAACCACCCAAGGGAAUGAUCAAAUAAUCAUUUUCACCAUCAUAUUUUCUCACCGCAAGGAUUCUGUCAUUAGUUGUUUUUGUUCUGCGAAUUUCCAAGCACAAUCUUUGUAUGAGGCUAUGAGCAUAACUGCAUAAGCAGGAUUUUCAAUAUGAUCCUGGUGAUGUUCUAUGUUAUUAGUAGAAGCAGGUCAUAAAGUAAGUUGCGAAUCAAAGUGCCAAACUAGGAGGAAGAAAGCGUUAACUUGGUUGUGAACUGAUGUAGGGAGAAUGCUAACGCAGUUGUUUUCGCCUUUAUAAGUCCCACAUAGACUAGAAUAUUGAAUAGUUAAAUGUUUAUAAACCUUGAAAUAAGACCACAGUUUGCCGAGCUGGGUUGCGCCAGCUUGUCAUCCAAGUGGGGGCAUCAGAGUGAUGGAACAGUCUUCGGGCUUGCUGGGUUGGGCUCUGGCUGCAUUCUGCUGGCCUGUCCGUUCCAAGUUGUGAGUUGAGCUACGGGACUUGAGCGAAGGCCCAAGUUUCUGGGUUCCUAGACUUGAGGGCACAGCGUGAGGCUGGUUUAACAGAGCAGCGAAUACCUCAGGCUUCCAACAGUGGAGGGAUAACAGGCUGCUGCAACAGCAGUCCACAAUGGCCUGGUGAGCCCAUUUCCUUGAACCAUCACUUUUUAA